GGUGGGCACCUGCCCUCCGUCAAAGCUGGAGGUAUGAGAGUGUCUAAAAAACAAGAAAAUGGACCUGUUGAGAGAAACACUAAACCUCCAGGGAGAGAAAAGACAAGUGCUAUUGCUGGUUUUCCACGCCCUCGGAACAUGGGUGCCUUGGUAGCAGAAGUGCUGAGCAAAAUGAGCCACAAAAUUCAUGCAGCAGCGUUACGAGUGGCUCACCAGAAGCCACACCCGGCCUUGGAGAAGUUCAUAGUGCCUAAAAGAAUGUACAUUAUUCAACAGCCGCGGAAAUGUUGA